AUGAAGUGGGGAGGAGCAGCAGCGCCGACGAAUCAGUCCGACAAAGCAAGCAUCAAUGGUGACCGAUCCAUGAAAAAGUUGUGGUUGUACCUGAAUCAACUCUACCCUGAACAACAAAGUCUUCGCAAUGAACCACUACCAAGGCUCGCCGCCAAAAACGAUCGGAGAAAGUGGAUACAGAAGUAUUUGGGAGAAGAUGGUGAGAAAGAUUUUCUGUGGGAGGAGACGGAGAAAAAGGGUUUCUGUGGGCGAGACGAAAGGUUCGGCGGGGAGGAUGGCUGA